AUGAGCGUCCGGGCUGCCGGUGUCGCGGCCCGGCCUAUGAGGUCACUGCUUCUGUCUGGCUGCAGGAGGCCGCCUUGUUGUGUAGCGACACUCGCGGCGGCAAGGAAGAGCGCCUGUGUACGGUGGUAUAGCCGUCCGAAGAAUGGCAGGAGUCUGAGUGAGGGCCCGCUCGAGCCUCCAUUACUGCCACACACCAUACCAGAGCACUUUGCCUCUAUCGUCUCGCAAUUUGGUGACCGGCCAGCCGUGCUGUGUCGUUCCCCGACCACCGGCCCAGACUCGUUCCGGGACCAAGGCCUGCCAGCUCCCGAGUCUGUCGAGACCGUCUUCACCUACGAGUCCCUCGACAGCGUCUCCAACGCGCUCGCGCACUCUCUCCGGUCCCUCGGCGUCAAGAAGGGCGACCGCGUCGCCGUCAGCCUGGGCAACUGCCCCGAGUUCGCGGCCCUCACCUACGCCAUCUUCAAGCUCGGGGCCAUCCUCGUGCCGCUCAACCCGACCUUCAACGCCAAACAGGUCAAGGCCGCGCUCACGCACCUCGGCGCCGAGACGCUCAUCACCAGCGCCGUCACCGACCUCGCGUACAAGCCCUGCCGCGGCCGCAGCAACCUGCCCCUGCUGCGGUCCCUCGUGCCGGACCUGCGCUCCGGCAGGGUCGAGUCGCCGGACGUGCCGACGCUCAGGAACGUCGUCGUCGUGGACAACGCGCCCUCGCACCCGCUCGUCGACUUUGACCUGCCGGCCUUCCCGUCCCUGACGCCCUUCUCCCUCCUCCUGAGCGAGGCGCACGCCUCCUCCUCCUCCUCCCGCGGGGCGGUCGCGCCGGACUCGCCGCUCUCGCCGGCGGACUGCAUCAACAUCCAGUUCACGUCGGGCACGACGUCGCACCCCAAGGCCGCGAUGCUGAGCCACACGUCGAUCCUCAACAACGGCGCCCUCAUCGCCGCGCGCAUGGCGCUCACCCCGCAGGACCGCAUCGUCUGCCCGCCGCCGCUGUUCCACUGCUUCGGCAGCGUGCUGGGGUACAUGGCGACGGCGACGACGGGCGCCUCGAUCCUCUUGCCCUCGCCGGCGUUCGACCCGGCCGCCGCGCUGCGCAUGGCCGCCGACCACCGCGGCACGGGCCUCUACGGCGUGGCGACCAUGUUCGUCGCCGAGCUCGAGCUGCUGGCCUCGGGCGAGGUGCUCGCACCCGCGCGGGCGGCGGCGCUGCGGGAGCACCUGCGCACGGGCAUCGCGGCGGGGUCCAGCGUGCCCGAGGCGCUCAUGCGCCGCCUCUUCGAGGCCAUGGGCCUGCGCGACCUGGUCAUCUGCUACGGCAUGACCGAGACGUCGCCCGUCAGCUGCAUGACCGCGCCCGCGGACCCGCUCGGCCGCCGCACGGGGUCCGUCGGGCGCGCGAUGCCGCACACCGCCGUCAAGGUGGUCGACCCGGCCGACCGGUCGCGCGUCCUGCCGCUCGGCGAGCGGGGCGAGCUCGCGGCGUCGGGGUACCUCGUCAUGCAGGGGUACUGGGCCGACGAGGCGCGGACGCGCGAGGUGCGGGUCUCGGAGCCCGAGGAGGAGGGUGGCAAUGGUGGCGGUGGCGGUGGCGAGAGGGUGUGGAUGUACUCUGGCGACGAGGCGCGCAUGGACGAGCAGGGCUACGUCGAGAUCACGGGCCGCAUCAAGGACCUCAUCAUCCGCGGCGGGGAGAACAUACACCCGCUCGAGGUCGAGAACGCGCUGUUCCAGCACCCGCUCGUGGCCGAGGCGAGCGUCGUCGGCGUGCCGGACGAGCGGUACGGCGAGGCGGUCGGGGCGUUUGUCAUUGCGCACAAGGGCGUCAGGGUGCUCGAGGACGGGGAGGCGAAGGGGGAGGGUGUAGGGGAGGAAGGAAGAGUGCUGAGCAAGGAGGACGUCCGGGAGUGGGUGCGGACGCACCUGAGCUCGCAUCUCGUGCCCAAGCACGUCUUCUGGGUCGACGAGUACCCCAAGACGGGCAGCGGCAAGAUCCAGAAGUUCAUCUUGCGGGACGAGGCGAAGAAGAUCUUGGCAGGGGAGGGCAAGUCGUAG